ACCAAUUUAAAUUUAAUUUAUGCCUACACGUCUUUUAUAUAAUACUAAUCAAAUUACUUAGAUUAGCAAACCUAUAAAAUAAAAAUAAACAUCCAAGAACACAUAGUGAAGAGAUUAAAUCAUCAAUUGGUGAUAUUUUAAGCAACCAUGGCUGAUGAACCCAAUCUUUGUGUUAAAGGGUGUGGAUUUUAUGGAAGAGCGGAGAAUCGAAACAUGUGUUCUAAGUGCUACAAUGAGUUUCUUAAGAAUGAAAUAAUUUCUAAAUCUAUAUCUGAAAUUCACAGUGACGAGAAUGAUGAUGCGAUUAGUGAGUCUCUUUGUGAUCAAUUAAAGGAUUUGAAAAUUACGACAAAUCGAUGCAAGGAUUGCAAUAAGAAAGUUGGAUUAACGGGAUUUUCAUGUCGUUGUGGCAAUGUUUAUUGUAGUCGUCAUCGUUUGCCCGAACAACAUGCUUGUACUUAUGAUUUUAAGGGCGCUGCUCGGAAAAACCUCAAAUUGCCUCUUAUUUGUGGUGAAAAAUUGGAGAAGAUACUUUAAUUUUAAGCAUUAAUUUUUUUUGUACCCAACUAUAUUAUUAGUAUUUUAAUGAAAAUUUUAUCUAGAUUUUAUCAAAUAAAGAGCAAAAAGUGAUAUCUAUUUUAUAGAAUUUUCUAAAAACAUAUGGCAAAAUUAAUAGGCUGUGAUUUUCACAGCCGGUUUUGUCUUGGUGGGUGUUAAGUUACUUUGUUGAUUAAUAUGGCAAAAUUAUUAUUUUUUUCUUCACAAAAAUCUUUAAAUGAUUAAUGAGCCUUGGUUUUAUAGCUUUAAAAUGAAAAGUUAAGAAUAGUAUGAUAUGGUUGGAGCAAAUUUUUUACUC